UAUCAGAAGGUCUGAUCAGUCUCUUUGCAUCGUGUCUGGAGAUUCGUCAAUGGCACAAAAACGAGAGGAGCUUCAUGUGCGGCAAUCGUCGCAAGGACCCAAUUCACCAGCACGACAUCGUAUGCUCUCUCUCUUCUUUGCCCUGCAAACAGUGUCACCGUGCGACUUGUCUACGACAUCUGCUCAGCCAAGGAAUCCACUCUUCACAUGCAAUCAUAGCUGUCCUGCGGGACAAGGAACAUCGUCACUGGCACAAAGGUCAUCGAUUGCUGAGAGAAGCGUUCCCGAGCGCAAAGAAGUCCAUAUUAGACGCCGAGUUAUCAGGUGAUGCCUGCUCUUAUAUAUACGGACAUCGCCUGGCCUUGGCCGCCAUCACUUUCCCCAAGUGUCAACCUGUCAACCCUGUCUUCGUCAAGC